GUUGCCUGUUAACCUAACUUUAAUAAGUGAUCAAAUCAACGGUUUUGUUGUUAAACGAAAAUCAUGGGAGAAGAACAAUAUUCUUUGUGUUGGGACAACUUCCAUAAAAAUAUGAGUAAUGGGAUGCAAGCGUUAUUAGAGAAUGAAGACUUAGUGGAUGUAACUUUAGCGGUUGAAGGAAAAUAUAUAAAAGCCCACAAAAUCGUUCUCUCAAUAUGCAGCCCCUAUUUCAAAGAAUUAUUUCAAUCAAAUCCCUGCAAACACCCCAUAGUUUUCAUGAAAGACGUGAGUUACAUCGCAAUGAACGACCUCCUUACGUUUAUGUAUCAAGGGGAAGUACAAGUAAAUGAAGAACACAUAAAUGUAUUUGUUAAAACAGCGGAAGCUUUACAAGUCCAGGGAAUAACGGGGGAAUGUAAUGAUGACACUGAAUUGGGGGAUGAUAAUUAUCAGAAUGAAGAAGUGUUGGUUAAACCGGUUAUAAUUCAAAAUAAACCUUCAAUACUUAAAAAAUUGUUGCAACCUUCAUUGAAAAGGCGUAGAUUAAAUAGUUGUGAAAAAGAUGUUGAAAUUCCUACAACAGAAGAGAUUAUUGAGUUUAAAAUGGAACCUUACGAUGAAACACAAACUGAGCAACAUUUAAAUGAAACUUAUGAACAUUUAGAUGAUGAUGUAACUAAUGAGGAUUAUCACGAGGUUGGUGUUGAAGAUCAAUUAGAUGAAACAGAAAAUAUUGAUGAUGCAGAAGAUUAUGCUAUGUUAGAAAGUGGAGAGGAACCCAAGCCUGGAACCAGUAAUGAAGUUGCUGUAUCGGAUGGACAAGAUAACCAUAAACCAUCAAAAAAGGUGAAUCGAUCCAAUUCAACAACGAAGAAAUCAAUCAGAAAUAAAUACGUCGUAGAUGGUUUCGUAUAUCACACAAAUUUAAUUUCGGGACAUCCACCUUUACGGUAAAUAUUUAAA